UCGCGAGCGGAGCGCACGCUCCAUAUUUCUGUCUCCCGGCAUCUACGCCACUCUAAUCGUAAUUAUCAUAAACGAAAAAUUAUUAAUACAAAUAUAAUUUGUGCUCUAUGUUCCGGACUGGAUUUAGACGUGUUUGUGAUGUAAUUUUACGUUCUGUGACUAUUUUAGAUUUUGUUAAUAUUGAAUGGACUAUUAAAAAUUAAAGCUCUUGAUAUCCUGUUUUAGGAUAUACGUUAAUGGUGGUCUGACUACAAAAGCACAUGACUCCGCAUAACAAAACUUUAUAACAUCAAGCCACUGCCUACACUUAGGGUUACGUUGGCAUAUACAUGAGAUGUUAUGGGCUCACGCGGCGUAGAAAAGUGGCGUUGGUUGGUGGUAGCCUUAGCGUGGGCAAGCAGUGCUGCUGCAAGAACUUUGUGUCCACCAAGAUGCGCCUGCGACGAUGCUCUACGGGCAGCCUCUUGCGCAAAUGCUGGCUUGGAAAUAGUCCCUAUUCAACUAAAUCCAGAAGCCACUCAUAUAAAUCUUACUCACAACUCCAUCGACAAUCUUCUUUAUACAUUUGGAUUUUAUACUCAACUUACAAUUCUGGAUAUUUCAUACAACAGAGUACGGGAUUUAGGUAGUAAAAAUUUCGAUAAUAAUUUGGAGAUGACACAUUUGAAUGUUAGUCAUAAUGCUCUGAAACGAUUGGACAAAGACACUUUUGUGGGACUUAAAAGGCUUCGCGACUUAGACUUGUCGGAUAAUGAUAUUUCAAGUAUACACCCACAAACUUUUAAAGAUCUAUCUGUAAUAGAAACAUUAGAUUUAUCAAAUAAUAUGCUUGUUACAUUUGAAGCUGAUACUUUUGAACCUCUUUCAUCAUUGAGGACCUUAUCACUAAGAAACAAUUCUAUUUUAGAAAUACCUUCCGCUAAUUUAAUAUUUCUCGUACAUUUAGAAUUUUUGGACCUUUCUGAAAAUCUUAUUCAAGUUGUAGAAAAACAUGGUAUACCGUACUUAAAAGAAUUAAAGCAUUUGAAUUUAAAUAGCAAUAUAAUUGAAAGUAUUGAUCAAUUGGGUAUGCAUAACUUACCUUCGCUACGCCAUCUGGAUCUCAGUGAUAACAAUUUGACAACAAUUCCAACAUCUGCACUUUCAAAACUUACAAACUUGUCGCAUUUGUAUUUGAGCGGAAACUUUUUUCAAAAUAUUUCUUCGCUAUCUUUCCAAAGUCUCUUCCACUUAAAACAUUUACACUUAAGUAGACUUCACGAGUUAGAAAAAAUUGAUGCAAGAGCCUUUGUAGAUAAUAUAAAUUUGCAAAAAAUAUGGAUGAAUGAAAACCUUAACGUAAGAGAGGUUCCACCGAGAGUAUUUCAUGGAAAUCCAAAACUGACACAUAUAUAUAUAAAGAAUAAUGCCCUGGAGACUCUCGAAGCAUCUCAUUUUCCUAUAGAUACUCUGCAAGAACUUGAAAUUUCUGGUAAUCCUUUUGUAUGUAACUGCUCCAUAUUAUGGCUAUGGAGCCUGGGAAGAGCGUGUGAAAUACCUAGUAAAAAAUCUGACAAUUCAAGUACCAUAUUGAAAAUAGAUUACGAAGAAGUGAAAUGUGCAGCGCCGGCACAUUUAAGUGGUAUAUUAUUUGUACAAAUACCAGAAUCCGAAUUCGGAUGCUCAAGUGGAUGGGUGGUAGUCGCAAUUGUGGUGCUUACUGGGAGUAUAAUUAUAAGUGUGGUCGGUGGAGUUUUAUAUUUCAUGGGUCCGUUAAAAAAGUGCAAAGGCGAUAAAUCUAAACAAGUUAUGAAUACUGUAAUGUUGAACGGAGACGUUUCCAAACUAUCGAAUGGUUUAGGAUAUUCAACUAGAACUAGAGAGCAAGAAAAUAAGCGAGAAGUGGAUCGGUAUUUAAUGAUCGGUUCAACAGUUACUAAUAAUUUCCAUUCACUAAAUCCUCCAUGGCAUAGUGUUGAUAAAAGCCCAUAUUAUCAAGAAGAUAGCGAAGAGCACAUUUACCAACAAUUUGCCUAUGAAACUAUACCCCAUCACAGAACACCAGAAAAACCGCAUAUAGUAUACGUUUAACAAAAGUUUUCAGUUGUGAACAAAUUAAAAAAAUAUCAUGUUUCACGCUAUUGUAUAACAGACAAUUAUUAAGAGUGACGGCGGAGGCGUUCAAUAAUGCAAUAAUGUAAAUAGUGAUGUUUAAAAUUGUAAUAUGUGAUAGCUUUGUAUAUAGAUAUGUAAAUAUAUUAAAGUUUAUUUAUAGUUCUUUUUGGAUUUUGUACUUAAAUUGUUUAUUCAUGUGACAAGGCCCUUUAUUUACAUCAUUGAUUUUGUAAAAAGUAUCAACGAUGCCCUAUCGCUUAUUCAUAUAAAACAGAAGAUUAUUGUACAUAUAACAUUUUCUUCUAUACACUAUGUUUGUCGUUUUGUUUCUAAUUUUUGAGAAUAAAGUGUACAGUAAUAUGGUUAUGUCAUAAUAUCUUAUAAUAUGAACGAUAUUCGUGUAUAAAUGCAUAGUAGUUAUACAUGUAUAAUCUGAAUUAGAACACCAAUCAUGAUUGAAACUUUGUACAAAUGUGAGCAAUAUAGAUUACUAAUUUUCAAAUAUUAUAAUAUUUUAAUUUUUAUUAAGAACUUUGUUAUAGUAAUAAAUAAUUGUAUUUAGUAGUAGCGUCCGUACAUAACUUUGUAUACCUAAGUUUAUCGAAGUACGUUAUAAUGAAUCGACAUCAAGAUCGGUAUUUAUAAACCAAAAUAUAAGCAAAACUGACGAAUAGGCGCAUUAAAAUGUAGACAUAAUACCCGAAUAAUAUGUUAUACAUGUAUUGCUUGUGACAGUUAUAGCUCGGCAAAAUGAUACUAGAACAUUAUCUUGGUUUAAAAUUAAGGGGUAAAUUGACGGCUCCUUUUAAGGAAAAUGUUAACAAAUGAUAACAAGAAACAUAAAUGUUUUAUUUGAUAUGCUAAAAACAUGAUAUAUAAUGUAUCAUAUACAGUGUAUAAUGAUAGUGUUCUAGUAUUAUUUUUUCUAUUGAAAUAUACAAGUUUAAACCAGCUGCUCUGAUGAUGAGGGGUACAAAUCAAAUAAGUUAUUUAUUGGCUAUUUUUGUAGAUUGAUUUCAUGAGACUUAUUCAAAGCAUUAUGUUAAAAAGAUGUUAAAUUAAUAUUUUUAUACUUAGUAAAUAUAAAUUGUAUUGUAAAUAUGGUCCAACGAUACCAGCCGGAACACUUAACUUCAACGUCAUGUUUCAUUUCUAAUAUGUAUUUAAAAAAGUCCUGUUUCUAUACUCUUUUCAUUAAUUCGUAAUGCUAGUAACUUGGACCAUACAACAUAAAACUAUAGCUAAAAUUUAAUCUUUUAACAUAUAACUUUUUCAUUAAUUCUAUUUAUCUCAUAUACAUCAUCAAACUGCCUACUUUAUAACCAACAUCAUUAUACCUAAUCAGUCUAUAGUACAGUGAUAGCAUAGUGUAAGACUAUUUAUACAUACUUACUACUUAUAAACUUUUGUUAUGAAACUUAUUUAAAAUAUUAUAUAAUGCAUUGAAACAAACGACAAAUAAAUAAUUAAAAAUUUUUAAA